UUGUUAAAAUGCAGAAUUGUUUGGGUUUUUUUUUGUCAUAGGCGAAUGUAGUAUACAACAUUAGGUAGCUUUAGGGCUUUUUUCUUCCUUCACUCUGUCUCCACUAACCCGCAACUACCCCGCAACCCGCAACCCGCAACCCGCAACCCGCAACCAACAGAUCUUCUACUUCUCUUCUAUUAUUGACUUCAUGGCGAACCUGCGAAACUUGAAGAUAAAAACUAGCACUUGUAAACGUCUUGUUAAAGAGCUACACUCUUAUGAGAAAGAAGUCGAAAGAGAAGCUGCUAAAACAGCUGAUAUGAAGGAGAAAGGCGCUGAUCCUUAUGACCUUAAGCAACAGGAGAACGUGCUGGCUGAAUCAAGAAUGAUGAUUCCUGACUGCCGCAAGCGCCUAGAAUCUGCACUGGCCGAUCUAAAGGGAACACUGGCAGAGCUGGAGGAAUCUAAUGAGAAAGGGCCAGAAUUGGAUGAAGCUCAAACUACUAUCGCAGAUGUUGAGAAAUUAUUCCAAGGUGAAGAUGCCUAGUAUAUUAAUCCAAAGGAAGAUUCUCUGGAAGUCACCUGGAUUUUUACGAACGCCCCUUGUGUCUUGUUUGUUGGCUAAUUGUUCACCAUCAAUCUUCGUAUUAUUUAUGUGGACUCAUGGUCUUGCACUCUUGUUGUUUGCAUUGUGAGAGGAUUUGACAUGGUUCGGAUGCUUUUAUAUACCGCUAAGUUACCGAAACUCGAAUCACAAGUCACAACCAUAUUUAUCAAUUAUUAUUAUGAAGGGUAAACUUUAAUGAUAGUCUAUAUAGCCCUAGUAGAGAAUAAAUCUUAUAAUCGUCGAUAGAUGUUUCAGUUCCUCUUCAUGUUUUUCCUUUUCACCAAUGUUAAGAUUUAUGGUGUUCUUAUCGAGCAAUAAUUGAGUGCCAUUGUUGGUUUUUAUCACAAUGUCUAUGAUCAUAAUCUUCCCUCGGGUCUUUUGCUCAGAAUUGUCUCGUUGAAUCGUUGGAGUAUCUUGAGUUGUCACUGCUCCUAAGCCUCCAAUCAGGGAAUGUCGACUACAACAUUUGUUCCUACAAAUAGUUUAAGUAUUUUUUUAUUGUCACA